AUGCAGGAGGCAAAGCCUACUACUGUACGCGGCACCGCUUCCGCCUCGCUUGACUGGGCUGUCAAUGAUGCAGUGCUCGUGCUACCGAACGCUCCCCCCGCUGGCGGCCAGCAGCAAGACGCCCUCGACAAGGCUGUCCAGUUCGGCACCAAGAAGGCCGGUCACGAGCAGAACGCCAGCACCACCGAGAAGAUUUCGGAUGGCAUCCGAUCUGGCUUCAAGAAGCUCACCGGCAAGGAUGUCCCCAUCCAGGACAAGCAGUAG